AUGACGUUCAAUCUUUUUGAUUCCAUUCUAAUCUCCUUGGCUCUCAUACUCCCAAUCUGCUACUACCUUCUAGCCCACCGGAUAGUAUAUCCCCAACCGCUCCCCGGCAUCCCCUACAACCAAACCGCUUCCCACCGUAUCCUCGGAGACAUCCCCGACCUCGUAACCUCGGUUCGGCGAACCAAAGAGACCUCAUCAUGGUGUUUUUCCCAAUGCCGCCGUCUCAAGUCACCGCUAUUUCUCCGGCCCUUCAGCAAGCCCUUCGUCUUCGUCGACGACGCGCGCGAGACCGAGGACAUGCUGCUGCGCCGCACGCGCGAGUUCGACCGGGCCCCUAGCACCGCCGCCUUCUUCCGGACCGUGCUGCCGCGGGCCAGCAUCGUCAAGCCGACAGACCACGAGUUCAAAGCUCAGCGCCGACUGUGGGUGGACGUCAUGAGUCCGGCUUUUUUGCGGAGUGUGGUGGCGCCCAAUAUUUACCGGUCCACGCUGGAGCUGGUCGAGCUGUGGAGGCUCAAGAGCCGCGUGGGAGGUGGCGGCCGCCCGUUUGAAGCACAUCACGAUCUGGAGACGGCUGCUUUUGAUGCUAUUUGGGUUGCUGUACUCGGCUCCGAAUUGGGUGGCAUCCGGUCGGAGAUUGAGGCGAUCCUCCAAACACAACAAGAAUAUGACGACCAGGGCAAGCCGGCACAUAUGCCAGUGGCUGAGCGAUCGGACUUAUACGAAGCCAUACAAUACCUCAACAAGAGUGUCGAGCGUAUCAUGGCCAGCCCAAUGCCGGUGUUGCACCACUGGCUGAUUCGUCAGACGCCUACGUACCGCAGGUACGAAGCGAUCAAGAACAAAGAGAUACGGCGUAUCUUGAAGAGCGCAUACGCAAGAUUCAAGGCUCUUGAGCUGUCGUCAAAUCUCGACUCGCACUCUCAGGAGGAGGCGAAUGAGCAGCAUCAGCAUGACACGUGUGCCAUGGACCUCAUCCUUCGCCGCGAGAUGAUCUCUUCAGAGAGACGGGGUACUAUUCUCCCACCACCCGAGGAGAACCUCGAGAUGCAGGAUGAGCUUCUUAUGCUUUUAGUUGCUGGCCACGAAACAACAGCAAACACCCUCUCCUGGUUCGUCAAGUUCAUGGCCCACCACCCUUCCUCGCAAGACCGUCUGCGCCAACACCUUCGAGCCGCCUUCCCGUCAUCCAACGCUUCCAGCCCUCCCUCCGCCGCCGAGAUUCUUUCGUCUACCACUUGCAUCCCCUACCUAGACGCCACCAUAGCCGAAACCAACCGGCUCGCCGCCACGGUUCCGCUGAUCGUCCGCGUGACCACCGUCGACACGCACAUAUUGGGGUUCGCGGUACCCAAGGGGACGCAUGUGAUGUGUAAUUCGAGGGUUACGGAGCCGUAUGAUGACAUGGAUGACUCGGUGAAUGAGGAGAUAGGAGGAGAAGAAGUGUUUGAUCCAGGUUCACUGCCAGUUUUGGCUUUCUCGGCGGGACCAAGAGGGUGUUUUGGUGAGAAACCUCCACUUCCUACCACACUCACAGGCCGUCGACUUGCGAUGCAGGAACUAAGAAUGAUGAUCGUGCUUCUUACGCUCAGCUUCAGGUUUCUGCCGUUGCCAGAAUCCUUGAGUGGGAUGGAAGGUCAGCAAAAGGUGCUGCGCAGCCCGCAACAGUGUCAUGUCAAGGUGGAGGUUUUGUGA